AUGAUUUGCCUUGCUGUCAUUGCAUCAGACUCUUCACCCGACGUAUCUGAGCAUGCCCAUCAACAACUGCAGAUCGACUUGUAUCGUGAGAAACUGGUACAAUGUCUGGUGAUGGGAGAGUACACUCAAGGUGGCGACUAUGCGCUAGAGACGUUCAUGAACUACGUCUACGUCGAAUUCCGGAUACACGAUGAUGCUCAGAAGGACAUUUGGUUCUUGCUGGGACUCGAGAUGAACCUAGCCAAGCGUAUGGGCUAUCACAGAGAUCCGAAACAUUUCCCGGACAUCACCCCACUCAAGGCAGAGAUGAGGCGCAGAGUAUGGGCAACUGUCUUACUAGGCGACAUCCUGAUCUCAGGUCAGAUGGGAAUGCCCCGCAUGGUACGAGAUGGCGAGUUUGACACAGCUGAGCCUCGAAAUCUGAACGACGAAGACAUGAACGAAGAAAUGGCGAGUCUACCACCACCGAGGCCAGAGACUGAGCACACAACAGCCCUAGGGAUCAUUGCCCGAAGGAGACUUCUGAUCGCCCUUGGGACUAUCUCCGACCUUACGGCAUCCCUCAGCCCAUGCAGUUACGCGGACAUAAUGCGAUUUGACGGAACUCUUGAGAAAGCAUACAGCAGCAUGCCUCCACCACUACAUAUGAAAUCAAUGGCGUCUAGCGUCACUGACCCCCCUCAAGUAAUCAUGGCCCGCCUGUUCCUUCGCCAUAUGUUCUGUAAGGGAAAAAUCAUGCUACAUCGCCGGUUUCUCUUUACAAAGGCGGCCGUUGAGACUAAAGACGCGACCUCAUACUCAAGAACGGCCUGCCUUGAUGCAGCUCUCGGGAUGUUACACAUUCAGCAGAUCCUUGACGAAGAAACCUGUCCUGGUGGUCAGCUGUUCAUGAUGCACUGGCGGAUAGGCUCGAUUAUGAAUCACCACUUCCUGACAGCCACCAUGGUUCUCUGCUCUCUUAUUCAUCGGAAACAGACCCUGAACCAAGAGGAUGAGGUAGUGGCUGCUUUAAGGAUAGCUCGCAGCGUAUGGAUGAGAAAGGCCGAUGGUUCGGCUGAAGCGGAAAAGGCCGUACAAGCAGUCAGCAUUGUUCUUGCACGAACCGGAGGUCCAAGGUUUGAUACUGCCCUCUUAGCCGAUCGACAUGGUCCAAUGGCGUCUCAGGGAGAUGAUUUCCUUGGAGGCUUUGUGGGAGACCAAGCAACGUUCGAGCAAACCUUCUUGGUCGAAGCCUUUAUGUCAGAUGAAAACGAGAAAGGCAUGGAAGCUUCCGCACCUGUCACACCCAAUAACGACGACUUGUCAAUGGGGACACUUUAUAGCGAACAAACUGGAGAGCCAUUCGACCAUGAGGAGCCAACCCUGAAUGAAUGGAUGUUUAUGAGUGACCAAGGACAGUAUCAGGAAUAA